AUGAAAACUUUAAGUAAAGCAGAAGACUUUAGACCAAAAAAUCUGCCAAAUCUCGAAUUGCACGUCAUUUUAAACAGUGAAGCUACAAAAAUUAAUAAAAUCUGGCGCACUUUAGUUGAUGUCGACAAAGUACAAGCUGCUUAUGAGAAACUGAAAGACAUCAACUGGCUUUAUGGAAAUCUUGACGACGAAUCUUUAGAUGAUGUAGCAAAAAAGUCGUCGAAACAGCCAACAGUGCUACCAGUACUAUGGUUUGGAGAGUAUCAUCCAAGGCCAGUGAAUCUAAAUUUAGCCGAAUACAUAAAGUCUCGAAUAUUGAGCGAAGACUCUCGAUAUCAAUUGUGCCACUCUUACCUCUUCUACUAUCUCAGAAUCAAACAGAUCAAGGAGUUGAAGGGUGGCAUAUUCAAACUGCUCAAUACAGUGAAAGGUCCCUCCAUGACUGCUGCACAGUUUGUAGACCAAGUCAAAACGAAUGGAGAACUUCUUGAAAAGAGGCUCUGUACCAUGAUGAACACUGUUCGUGGCUCAAACCAAUACUGGUACCUGAGAAGAAGUGAAGUGAAACGCAUGAUAGCAGAGUUUGGGUCUCCCACUUUCUUUCUCACUUUUAGCUGUGCAGAAUAUACCUCUGAAGACAUUAGAGAGUACUUGCACAAAGUAAACACUGUCCCGCCGUCAUAUAACACUGGCAAACUCUGCACAGAAGAUCCCGUGUCUGUAUCGAGACAGUUUUCUCUAAAGUUUAACGAAAUGUUUAAUAAAGUAUUAAUCAAGGGACAGGUUUUGGGCCCAGUUAGCGAGUUUUAUUACAAGAAAGAGUACCAGGCCAGAGGAGCUCCUCACUAUCACUGUUUAAUCUGGAUAGCCAAUGCUCCAGUUGUCGGUGAGAGUAGAGCCGAAGAUGUCGUCAGAUUUAUAGACGAAAGAGUAACUUGUAACAUACCAAAUAAAGAUACCUGUCCACAGUUACACGAAAUUGUUACGAGGUACCAGUUACACAAGUGCAGCAAUUACUGUAAGAAAAAGAGAAAGUUUAGCAAAAACAUAUUUGUUACAAAGUGCAAAUUUGGAUUUCCUCGCCCAGUUUCCGAAGAAACUGUACUGAAAAAUGUCCAACAAAGCAUGAAAGCAGAGAAAAGGAUAUAUCACCUUAAACGGAGCGAGGAAGAAGUGAGAGUCAAUGAUUACAAUCCUCUGCUUCUAUUAUUAUGGAAGGCUAAUAUCGAUGUAUCCUUUACCAGUGAGUGUUCUCUUGCUCUGGCCGAUUAUGUGAGUGGCUACGUGACAAAGGCAGAAAGAGGUCACAUGCAGGAUCUGUGGCAAGACAUCUUAGAUGAUAGAGGCAUCUACAGUAAAUUGUUUAGAAUUGGCAUAAGAUGUCUCGACAGCCGACCCAUUGGACUAUACGAAACAUGUGAUAUAUUACUCGGUGAGCCACUUUGUAGAAAAUCAAGAGAGGUAUCAUGGAUCGAUGUAGAAAUGCCACAUAAAAGAAAACGAAAUUUAACAAAGAAACUCAGUGAAGUUGAAGAAAUAGCAGCAAACGAUCCAUCAACUGAAGACUUUUAUGGGGAGGGCCUUGUCACUCACUUUUAUCCAAACAGAGCCCAAGAACAUGAAGCAUAUUGCCUUUAUGACUUUGUAGCCAAACUCACUUACAAGGGCAAAGAUAAAAAUGGCGAACGAAUCUAUAGACCACUACAGAAAGAGCACCUUCCUAACUUUAUUGAUUUCGAUGUCUAUAAAGAAAAUCAGAGAGACAGUUUCUAUUAUGCCAUCAUUCUCCUUUUCGUGCCGUUUAGAAAUGAGGAUGAAUUAGUUCAUGAUGGUGAAACUGUCCAAGAAGCAUUCGAUCGCCACAUUGUCGACCACGAAAGGUGUGUCGAAGCAAAUGAGAAAUUCAGAAAGUUGCUCAAAUGUAGAGAGAAAUUAAAAGACAUACAAGAUGCCAGAGCAGCAAACAGAGAAGAGGAAAAUGAUGUGGAAGACGACGAUCCACAACUGAUGGGACAGAUUAAAGAUGCAAUGAAUGACGUGAGAGAUAUGGACACUGGAUCUGAAUAUAUUGCUGGGGAAGGUAUGGAUAAGAAUUACACGUGGGCGGGAGAUAUCGAAAUGUUAACAAUGGCUGAUUUACUGAAUGUGUACAUAUACUCCUAUAAUGAAGAGGGGAAUGCAUGGGUACGUUAUUCACCACUUACACGUAAUGCUGAUCCUAAUUCACCAGCAAUAUACUUAACCCUUGUUAACAUGAACCAUUAUCGUGUGGUUACAUCAAUAGCAGAUAAAGAAAUUGCUAAUACUAAUAACAGUGGUGAUAAAAAUACGUGUGAUAAAAAAAAGGACAACAAAAAGAAUGAUGACAAAAAGAGUGAUAAUUAG